AUGAUGAGUGGUGGUCGUGGAGGAAUGCAAGCCAGAGGAGAUGGGACUGUUCCCGACAAUGGAGAAGUAAUCCACAUCUCUUCACUAGCGUUGCUCAAGAUGCUUAAACAUGGUCGCGCUGGAGUCCCUAUGGAGGUCAUGGGACUGAUGCUCGGCGAAUUUGUUGACGAGUACACUAUCCAAGUGAUCGACGUCUUUGCUAUGCCUCAGUCUGGCACGACCGUCAGUGUCGAAUCAGUAGAUCAUGUCUUCCAAACGAAAAUGUUGGACAUGCUAAAACAGACUGGAAGACCGGAAAUGGUUGUGGGAUGGUAUCACUCACAUCCUGGUUUUGGAUGUUGGCUCUCUAGUGUUGAUAUCAAUACGCAACAAUCUUUCGAAUCCCUUAACUCACGUUCCGUAGCUGUUGUCGUUGAUCCUAUUCAGUCCGUCAAAGGAAAGGUCGUCAUUGAUGCUUUCCGACUUAUAAAUCCUCAAACUGUCAUUGCUGGUCGCGAACCGCGCCAAACGACAUCCAACAUUGGACAUAUCAAUAAACCGUCAAUACAGGCCCUCAUUCACGGCCUGAACCGUCAUUACUAUUCUAUCGCUGUCAACUACCGUAAAACACCACUAGAACAGGCAAUGCUUAUGAACUUGCAUAAACGGAACUGGACGGAAGGAUUAAAACUACGCGAUUUUAACUUGCAUAAGGAAGAUAACGAAAAAGCUAUCAAGUCCAUGCUCACCCUUUCGGAAGCAUACAAUAAAUCCGUGCAAGAAGAAUCCACGCUUACACCGGAACAACUUAAGACGCGGCAUGUUGGAAAACAGGAUCCGAAGCGGCAUUUGGAGGAUGCAGUUGAAAAGGCGAUGGGCGAUCAGGUUGUUCAAAAUCUGGCUACUAUGUUAUUAGCUGAGCUGUAA